AUGGGAGACGCAAGUCAAGAUAGCAAGAGUACCAGCCUCAGCCACCUACGUGAUGCACUGCUCUCAAGUUCCACGAAAAAGCGUGGGAAUGGGCUGGCAAACCUCCAUCAACAGAUUGUACAGUCAGAACUAUUGCAGCACUCCUGUGCUGAGGCCGUCGACAUCCUUUUCCUGACCUAUCCCUACUAUAAUGAUCGCAUUUCGCGCCGUGCGGUUCAAUCAUGUCUCCAAGCUUUCCUCGACAAUAGCGAUUAUUCCUCUACUCUUCCAGCAAUUAUAGAUUGGUAUCGCAGAGAAACGGCAAAGCCUGGGCUAGCUGCCUCUAACGCCUUUGUUUUAGUAGAGUGGGGAUCCAUAAUAUUGUCAAGAGCAUGGGAAAAGUCCGAUCCACAACUAUGUCUGUCAUUCGCCAGGGUAUUGGAGGUGUGCCUCUCUUCAGGCAAGGAAACUGUCAAACGCUCUGCUAUCGUGGUUGCAAGGCGUGCCGUCCGAAAUCUCCUUGGGGAUGAAGCCAAGAUCUCUGCGAUUGUCAGGCAACUUACAGCCAAAGACCAACCACUUGGGAGCCGGACAGCGGUCCUGUUAGGCGUUAUAGCUGGAGUAUGUGCACGCAAGAGCAAGCCUAUCCUGGGCAAAGACCAAUACUAUGCUUUCUACGUACGGGAGAUCCUUGGAUCUAGAACAGCUGUACCGUCACAAAUUGCCUGUGCCUUGAACGACUUCUUCGAGAAUUUUACCACAGCUGCGGAACUACGCAAGGAAAUUAUACCUACACUCGAGAAAGCCCUUCUGAGAGCGCCGGAAGUCGUGCAAGGUCUGGUACCACCCAUGGCCCGUUCUUUGCCUCCUGAGGUGGACUUGGCCGAGAUCAUAGCGGACCAUUUGCUCAAACCGUUGCUAGCCAACACCAAGUCUCAAACUGCAGCAGUCCGUGACGGAGCUUCUUCAGCGUUUGCAGCCCUCAUGAGUCGUGCUCAACAAGAGAUUUUUCUCGGAGAAGAUCGCAGAUGA